UUUUACUUUCUUGAUCCCUUGGUGUCUGAAGCUAAGAUCCAUCCUCCUUCUUCCGUUUUUGCAACCGUUUCAGGUUACCUGCCCAACGGGAUCCACGCCGUGGAGGCCAUGCUGGCUGCUGCCAGCAUCGGGGGCAUCUGGAGUGCCACGUCGCCGGAUUUUGGCAUCAACGGCGUUCUGGAUCGGUUCUCCCAAAUUCAACCCAAGCUAAUCUUCUCCGUCGAAGCUGUCAUCUACAACGGGAAACGCCACAAUCACCUGGAAAAGCUGCAGAGUGUCGUCAAAGGACUUCCGGAUCUGAAAAAAGUUGUUGUCAUCCCCUAUGUAUCUUCAAGAGAAUCCAUAGAUAUUUCCAGAAUCCCAAACAGCGUGUUUUUAGAAGAUUUCCUUGGAACGGGCAAGGGAGACCAGGCGCCCCAGCUGGAGUUCGAGCAGCUCCCUUUCAGCCACCCACUUUUUAUCAUGUACUCUUCGGGCACGACGGGCGCCCCGAAAUGCAUGGUGCACUCUGCAGGGGGAACUUUGAUUCAGCACCUGAAAGAACAUAUCCUUCAUGGGAACAUGAGCAGUAAUGACGUCAUCAUAUACUACACCACGACCGGUUGGAUGAUGUGGAACUGGCUGGUGUCUGCUCUCGCGGUGGGGGCCUCGGUGGUCCUGUACGACGGCUCCCCCCUGGUUCCUUCUCCCAACGUCUUGUGGGACUUGGUGGAUCGAUUAGGAAUUACCAUCCUUGGGACAGGGGCCAAGUGGCUGGCAGUGCUGGAAGAGAAGAACCUGAAGCCGUGUGAAACCCACAACCUUCAAACCCUCCACACCAUCUUGUCCACCGGGUCGCCCCUCAAGCCUCAAAGUUAUGAGUACGUCUACAAGCACAUCAAGAGCAGUGUCCUCCUGGGCUCCAUUUCAGGAGGCACCGAUAUAGUGUCCUGUUUUAUGGGUCAUAAUGUAACCAUCCCAGUUUACAAAGGCGAGAUCCAGGCGCGGAAUCUUGCAAUGGCGGUAGAAGCGUGGAAUGAGCAAGGGGAGCCUGUUUGGGGAGAAAGCGGUGAGCUGGUUUGCACCAAACCAAUGCCUUGCCAACCCACACAUUUUUGGAACGAUGAAAACGGCAACAAAUACCGAAAGGCGUAUUUUUCCAGAUUUUCAGGUGUUUGGGCCCACGGAGACUACUGCAAAAUUAACCCCCAGACAGGCGGGAUCAUCAUGUUAGGCCGCAGCGACGGCACGCUGAAUCCGAGCGGAGUGAGGUUUGGCAGUUCGGAGAUCUACAACAUUGUGGAAGCGUUUGAGGAGGUCUCCGACAGCCUCUGCGUCCCACAGUACAACAAACAUGGCGAGGAAAGGGUGGUCCUUUUCUUGAAGAUGGGCACCAACCACGAGUUCAGACCCAAUUUGGUGAAGCGAAUCAGGGAAGCGAUUCGGGUGGCCCUUUCGGCUCGUCACGUGCCCAGUCUCAUUCUGGAAACGGGAGGGAUUCCGUACACCAUCAACGGGAAGAAGGUGGAAGUGGCCGUCAAACAGGUCAUAGCUGGCAAGGAAGUGGCCAAGCGGGAUAUCUUUUCUAACCCAGAGACCCUCGAUCUCUACCGUAAUAUUCCUGAGCUGCAGGAUUUUUGAAGGAACCUCGUCUCUUCCCGUCUCUUGGUGUGAGUGUGUGUGUCUCUCUCUCUGCUACGUGCGUUUGCGUGCCUGUGUGUGUGUGUGUGUGUACGCGUGCGUGCAUGCGUGUCAGGUUAUAUCCGGUGUAUAUAAUAUGUCUAUGGAUGAUCUCCAUAAAAGAAAUCGAACUCGAGCGACCUUCUUUCCAGACGGGGACAGGAGAAAACAAAACAAAAGAAAAGAAAUCUGAUUUAUCUGAGCGCUUCGGGAAAUAAGAAGAAGGGCUACAAAAAUUUAAUCUCUAUGGAUUUGGGGAUAUGGGUCUCGCUUUGCUUCCGGCUCAGAAAAAAAAAAGGGAAUCUGAACUCUUUGGGCAGAACCUUUUCUCCAAACUAGGUGCUAAACAAUGGUUUAAAUGUCUUCUCAUUUGAAAAGCAAGGAUGAGUUUUUGGGGCUGGGCGAUGCCAGGAUGGAUCCAAGCUGGCGGGGGAAAAGGGAGCUUGAAAACGGCGGGCUGAAUAUUUUCAGCAGAUGUUUCUCGGUGGGUAGGUGAGAAGGAACCUCUGGAAGAGCCACACGUGGCUUUGUCUCACUGUGGGUGGUUGCAGGAACUUGGAAGGGUAUCUUCUCGGUUGAGGUAGAACGUUGGUAGGAAGAUAACGGAGUUGGCCGCCAUCUUGGUUAAAGAAAACAUUGGCCGCCAUCUUGGAUAAAGAAGACAUUAUUUUUAAAUAAUGUCCCCCCCCCCCCCCGAAUCCUUAACCCUGCGCGACCAACUUUUCCACUUGAGAAAAGUUUGCUAGUGCAAGGGAACAUUUCUUUUAAUUUUUUUUUGUUCUUUAAAAGAAAGGGAGAGAGAGAAAGAAAGAGAGAUGCACUUUUUAUUUAACUUUUUAAAGAAACAAAAACCCUUAUGGGAAUCAGCAGCAUUUUCAGGUCACUUUUGUUGUUAAAAAGGACUCGAUUUUUGCAGAAAGAUGUUUUUUUUUGGGUGGGAUUGGUGAUCCUGGGCUGGUGUUCCUUUCCAUGGGACCAUCAAGUUGAUGGUCGUCACUGUUCCACGGGACUGUGGGCCCGUGGAUUUUUUUUUUUUUUUUUUAAAGAAAUCCGAUCCAGUGGCACUUUUGGUGCAGGUUUUGGUGAAGGGUCAGAGGAGGGGGAAAAAAAACAGUUGUUUUUUUCCCCUCAACUCUAGAAUUAAAAGCAAAACUUUUUAAAAUUGGAGGCGAAAUUAAGGUGUCUGGAUUCCAGUUCCCAGAAUUCCCCAGCCAACCCUGCUGGCUGGGGAAUUCUGGGAACUGAAGUCCAGGGCACCUUAAAGUUGCAAAGGUUGAGAGACACAAAGGAUUAGAUCAGGGAUGGCGAACCUUUUAGACACUGAGUGCCCAAACUGCGCGCACGCAUGCCCAAACUGGAAGGUGCGUGCGUGCGGAUGUGCACAUGCCUAGACAUGCGCGCAUGUGCCACAGAGAUCCAAAGACCAGCUGGCCAGUGGGAGGCCGGGCAUCCCAACAGCGGCAAGAGGGAAGUUCUUUUUCUUUCGUGAGCUUCUGUUUUGACGUUUGCAGGGAAACAAAAGUAACGUCACGGAGAUCUGACCUGGGGGCGACGGUGGGCAUGCCAGCAGAGAGGGCUCUGCAUGCCACCUCUGGCACGCUUGCCAUAGGUUCACCAUCACGGGCUUAGAUAUUUACAGGCCAAUUGUAGAUCUUCCACGGCUGUGAUCAGUACCUCGUUUUUAAAGUCACAUAUUUUCAGCGGGCAGGAAUUUUGAGCCCAGAAGCUUUGAUUCUAAUUGAGGAGACUUCAUCAGCCAAGAAUCCUUUUAAACAGUUAUCGCCAAGUGGACAGGAGUUCCAAAGGCACUGACGAAAGCAACGUGUUGCAUGCUUGUGAAGUCCUAUGGAACCAUACAAUUGCACUUAAAACGCCUGGGGGGAAAACCCCCCCCAGAAGAAUUCACUUUGAGAGAUCAGGAAUAAAGAUUGUAAUCCGUGGUGCAGUGAGAUGGCAGACCCAUCAUUCACACCAGGCAGAUAGGAGUUUGGAGUCCAGCAGUUCUCGGAUGGGGGAGUCCGAGUGUGAGAAAGCGAUUGUGCAAGGCUCUUUGUUUAAAUGUGGGUGUAAACACAAAUAUUGGGUGGAGGGAAAAUUCUAUGAGGUGAGCUCUGACUUACCUGAAUCUGAUAGGAAGCCUCAUGUGGUGUGAGGCUUGUGGCUAAUAUAUAUAUAUAUAUAAAACUUUUUAUUCCUUACUUUAUUAUUAUUAUUAUUAUUUUUAAAUGAAUUUUUUUAAGGGCAUAAAAGGACUAAAAAUGUGGUCGGGAUGCUUUAUAGCUGCCUUGAUUUGUCAAUAAGUGUUUUUUCCCCCUAAUAAACGGUUACAAGCCCUACGGAGAAAUGCCAAUUAAGUACACGUUUCCAAAGGAAGAUCUAAGUGUAAAAAGAACACGAAAGGGGAAAAAAUGGGGGAGGAAAGAGGAAAUUGAAUGAAUGGCGGGUAAAUUUUCUUUCUGGAAUUUUUCCUUUUUUUUUUAAGGAAAAAAAAAUCAAGAUAUUGAGGAUGCUGUCUAAUGUUUUACUGGAUUGAAACUGAAUAAAACACUAAAUUCUCA